UACAAACUUUUUAUCGUACUUGAGUAGUAUGAGUCGGUCGGAAUAAUCCAUCACUUACCCAUGUUACAUUUCGGCCUUACAAACUCUUUCUAGAAAUACMCGAUGAUUGAAAUUGAAAAUUAGGAAGUAAAAGAGUUAGUUAUGCUUAAUGUUUGCCAUGUUAAUUACAUACCAGUGCGAAAGAAAAGCUGAGUGUUAAUUGUUUCAUUAUUCCUCUAAGAGGCUUAUGGAGAAUGUAUCCGGUGUAUUCUCCUUUGAAGAUCUUCCGCCUAAAAUUAUCGCCAUCCUGAGUUAAACACGGCAAAAGCUUUUCGGUAAGAAAAAUUUAGAAAAUAAGAUGAUGGGACUUUGAUGAGGCGAAAUUUUGSUUGAAAUAAACCUUUUAGCAGAAAUUUGUUUAUAGCCUUUUUCAGGGAUAAUCCAAACGAGAAAAUUAAUGGGGAGACGGCGCGGAAACUCCUUGAAAAAAUCUAACAUGUUGUAAUUGACCUCCAAAAACAUAGGUACAAGAAUAAGUAAAAUACGAAUCAUGGUUAAGGAGGAAAAAAAAACAAAGAAAAAAAAAAGAGCGAGUAAAAGUAAAGAAAAGAAAUUUGACUAGAUAAAUAUAGAACGCUGUUUUCUGUCAGUUAAGGAGUGAAUAUCAGCCAUUAAAUACCCAAAGUGAUUUUGGUCGCCCAUUCUCAAAAUACUCCAUAAGAGUGGUUCUUUCAUUGAUAACAGGUAAAACUGAUAGAUUACUUGCUGCAUGUAUAUCAAUAUACAGCAUUUUUGUUAUUUGAAGAAAGUCUGGUCACUAGCUAUAAAUAUAGAAGGAUGUACAUGACAUAUGACAUCGAUGAUAAUAUUUAUCAUAUAACUAUCAUCUAUGAAAUWCCAGUAUUUCUCUCUUUCGAAAAAUUAUUUUCRUGAACACAUUCGAGGUUUCUCUAUAUAUUGUAUAGAUAAAAAGUGUAUUUUACGACAUAAUUUGCUUUCAUAUAUGAUUAUAUGAUCGAUGAACAGAAUAUUACAAUCCAUCUUCUCGUGCUGAAAAUCGCUCACUCCUUCGCUUUGCUCAUUUUUUAGCAGUCGACAAAAGAUAAAAUACAAUACAAAAUAAAUAAUAUUAGCGCAAAUGACUGAUACCACAAUGAUAUCCAUGACAUUCUGAAAAUUCAAGCUGAGAAUGCCGAGAAAAGAAAAAGCUUUCUUGGUUUCAAUGCGAAGGCUAAACAUAGUCUUCGUCUUGUGGUACUAAGCCGAUUUCGAGCACUUUCGUCACUUGAGGGGAGGCAUUCUUGUGCGGCUCACCACUUUAUAGACAACUGGCAUGUGAUGCACUCUUAAAAGUGACCGCUUUCUGUCCUUARACUAAACUGAACAAUGAUGAGUUGGUUGAACACUAAAUUAUCAAAGAGUCAUCAAACAAUAGCUAGGGCUUCAAAGCGAGUAUUUUCCCAAGUAUAGUAUUGUUUUAAAGAAGCAAUUUUCCUUUCCAUGCCUUGUCUGCRGUUGAACGACUUGAACCGCGUUUGAAUUAAAGUCUUAGUAUACGGUUGUAAGUAAAUAUAUUUAAUAACCAUGUCAAGUUUUUAGCUAGAUGGACUGAAAGCUGACUUUUAGACACCAUUAUAGUUUUCACGACUCCCUCCACUCCCUAACCUGCAAUGUUGUUGUACGUGAUGUUAUCAUACUAAGGAAUGAUGAGAUGAUAAAGGUUAAAAUACAAGUCUAGGUUUAACUCACUAGGCAUUUUUUUGACCUUAUGAAGAAAUUAUCUUCUUGACAGUGAUAGUAUACACGAUAGGAUGUAUUUAUCACGAUAGCAUGUAUUUAUCUGAUGUUAAAAAAAGUUACUAAGAUUUAAAUAAGAUGUUAAGAUGGAUAUCAGAGAUACUUUGAAAGUAAAAUACUCAUUAGGCAAAACCAAAAAAUCGAAAUCGAAGUUAUAAAAAAAUCUCAUUUUCAUCAGCUCAACAUCAGCCAUUUGACCAUCUUUCUAGACUUAGCCACCCCCAUUUGUAGAGCCCACCACUUAACACUAGAGUGCUGUCGAGAGAAAAGGCGUUUUAUUUGACAAACGGKGUUGUGAUCCGUUGCUCCCUAAUGGACAUGUUACUCAAUUAUAAAGAUACAUUAUACGGUUCUUUAUAAGAUAACUCAAGUGAUUGCCAAAAAACAUAGAGCGGGCAAUAACAACUAAGUUCUCUGUUUAUUUCUUAGACUUGUGUGCCUUAAUUGCAAGUAUUUAUUGCAUUUUGACUCCGUGACUCAUGCAAUAAACUAAAUGCAACUAGUGACAAACUAUCGGCAGUACGAGCAAUACUUUUUGUCUGUAAAUCUGAGAAAAWUUCAAUUCACCGUUUAAUAAUGUUAAAAAAGGGAAAAUGUAUAUGGUAAAAUUACCACAAGAUUUCGACAGGUGAAAAAAAUGGCAAUUGCUUAUAUUAUUCAUCAAGAUAAAAUAAAAAAAUAAAAAAAAUAAAAAAUGUAAAAAGUUACUUAAAAUAAAAAUUGGUAAAUAACAACUUAAUCAAUAUAUAGGGUUUCCCUGUUUUAAACAAAAUAUUCGAGUAAACAAGCAAUAUAGUCGACAGGUGGUCGCUGUUGAACGUUAGCCCUAAUUGAAGUAAUGGAAGGAAAAGAAGCUGUUUCAAUAAUGCUCUAAAACGUAUGGCAGAUGAAAAGAACUUAUGCUCCUCCUUAAAUGUUAAAGUGGUUUUCAUUGAACCGUGAAACACACUUUAUAACCCUUUUAUUUGCACUUUUUUCUUUUUGAUUUGACUUUUAUACCUCGGCUAUUACACAUUUUUCAAGGGUCAAUUGGACUUUGUGAAAUUGAAAAGGUACUGACAGCAAGUAUGAAAAUAGACCACUUACCGAAAACUGAACCUCACCACAUGAAAGAAUAUACUACAGUWAGUGUUAUUUUGAGUUUGAGUCUAUUUGGUUGAAUACCCACCGGGCAGAAAUGUUUUUUGAAUUUGGAAAACAAAUUGAGAAAUGUUUUCGCGGGCGCAGCUCAAAAGCUCCAGACAGUUGUUGUUGUUGUAUUUUUACCCUUGCCGAUCUGCAAUUAUUUUAUCCAAAUACCCUAAAACUAUUGAGCUCCACUACCGUAAUUUUAGUAAUUUGCUCUUUCUUGUGAUCGGAUCCGUUUCUUGAUUACUUUAAAGUCAUCUUUUUAUCUAGUAAAGAAGUGAUCUAUCAACAAUUAAUAACAAAAGAACUGAUCACCCAAUAGUUGAGGUGACRGUUUUGGCGACCAUCUUGGACGAAUAGGCAAAGUUUCGAAARWUAACAAGGAUAGAGUGAGAAAUCGAUUUCAAAUAAUUCUCGCUGAACUCAAAUUUGGAAAGAAUUACAAAUUCCAAACGUUGGAUACUACAAAAAGGAGUUAACUGGCCAAAUUUGAAGGACGUACUUCAUCUAGGGAGCGAGUAAUAUAUUUUUAGUUCUCAAUACAUUUUUUUUUUAAAUUUGAUAACGAUUUCUCACUAUAUCCUUGUCAUUUUGCGACACUUUGCCUACCCCUCAGUAGGGGUGCCAAAACCAUCACUUCACUAUUCACUCCAGUAAGAUUUUCAUUUUCGUUCUUGAAUAAAUCGCUGUAUGCUGUAUGCUGUAAGCGAGUCAGAAAUUAAAGGGAAACAACCCMAAAAUUGUCCUUUUUUGAGCUUGUUUAUCUUUUUCCAACUAUCAGGAAAAAAAUUUCUAUUGGUAAAAAAAGUCAUUAAAUUUUGACACGACUUGACACUAUUUGUUCUGCAACACAUAUAUUGCCCUCUUUGGUUUUAAUUGCAAAACGCUUGGUCUGUUAUGUGAACAAAACUGGGUGUUGUGCCAUAAAUCUUGUUCCGAGCAAUGAAAUACUAUUAAUACUAUGGCUUUUUAAAAUGAAGGUUAAAAUAAUCUAGAGAAUAGUUUUAUUGUAAUAUUAACAAAGAGCAUUUUUAUUAAUCAUGAAUUUGUUAUAUAUUGUCGCUUUUACUAAUACUUGAUACAAAAUGUCUCUCUUUGUGGGAAUCCRAAAAACUAAAGAAAAGAGCAUGUCUAACUUAAGAGAAAUUAACGCAUUAUGCAUAGAUUUAGGKCUGCGAUAUUGAGAAAAUGGUCAGUGAAGUCAGGUAAUUAGUUUUUUCCCUUGAAAAUGGGUUCUAUUCAGAUUUAAUUCAUUUCUCUUUUCAUCUAUCUCUAUAUUUUUGAGACAUAAAAUGGUUGGUAYCUAGCCACCCCAACUAGACCCGGCGCUGUUCUACCAUGACUCAUAAUGAUCUUCAGCAUCGCAUUUCUAUUGUUAUGGUUAUUGAAAUUAAUAAUCAAAUGUAAACAUCGUUAUGACUGCGCUUGGGAUUCCUGUGGUAUUGUGCUUCCAAAAGGCGUGGUCUCAACGGGAAUUUAAACAUGGCGGACACAUUGUCAAUAUUUCAUGGAUAAAAACAGUCAAAAUACAAUUCCAUACAUAGUCGUGUUUACAUUUUCACGAAGACAUCAUUAAACAUCUUCCAGGUGAGCAAAUUACAAAAAAAAAAAAGAAGAAGAAAAAAAAAGGAAAUAGUAAAAAUAAUGAAACUUGAAAAACAAAGUUCAUAAUUAUCGUAUUGAAAGACAUACAAAUGAUGUUUGUAAUGAGAGUGUUUGUUGCAAUCCAUGGGUCUAAAACCAAAGGUCAUUACUUUGAUUACUUCUGCCUUCGGCAAUCAGCAUAUUUACACAGGAAAUAACUUAAACGACGUUUUGAGCGACUCUUUCACUCACCAUUGUUCUUGAUAAGACCAAUUAUCGGGUGAAUUUUUUAAUAUAGCAUUUGAUAUAUAAUAGCGCAAAGAGUGACACGCUUGAUAGCAUUGAAAUACCUCUGAUAAAAAAGUCCAGUUUGAAUUCUAGAACACAUUAUCAACAGAGUGGAAUGAAUCAUCGAAGAAAGUCACGCCGACUGUAGUUUUUCUUUAUAGCCGUUUAUGUACUUCCGGCUAUUUUGUCGAUAACACGAUCUAUGCAAAGCUAGUAAAGGAGUUGGCGAUUAUAUAUUAAGGUUUUUCGACCAACGGUGAAUUGUCGAAGGAAGUAAAGAAUAGUCGUAGACAAUUACCCAAUUGGGAGAAAGAAAGGCGAAAAGCGGAGUAACAUAGCAACGGCAGUCAACGAAAGGAAAAAGUCAUUUGUGCUCUGGAAAUCGUUGUCACCACCGCAGCAUAAAGGACUGACUGCUUAGUUUAUCCCACCACGAGCUUCAAUUAUAAAGUAUYCACUUGGAAAUUAAUGUCCUAAGGGAACUAAAAGCGAAAAUGAACGCUUUGUCGAAUUCUUCGUUAGAUAACGCAACUGCUGCGGCCAGGAAUACCUCCAUCAGUAUGGGGCAAGCACAUAGUAUUGCUGAGCUAAUUCCUAUUUUUGUCCCCCUCGGAAUUCUUGCAUUGUUAAUCAUUUUGACCAAUAUGUUUGUCAUAUAUCUGGUUCAGAAACAUGUCUAUUUACAGACAUCUACAAACUUCUCAUUGGCCAGCUUGGCAUGCUCUGAUUUCUUGGCGGGAUUUUUGGUCAUACCUCUGUUGAUAUCCGUCGCAGUGACGAGAGACCAAUGGCUGCUCAUGGCACUUGACUUAAGCAGCAGAUUCAUUGCUUUUUCUACGAUACUACAUCUCUCUGGUAUCGCAUUAGAGAGAUAUAUCCUUAUUGUCCAUAGAAUGAACACUGAAUUAAUGUCAAAGCGAUCUAUUAUGAUCAUUUUACCUUGCAUAUGGGUCUUUGCGCUUACAGUGACUUUAAUCCAACUUGCAUGGUUAGACUUUGAAGAUCCACAUCUAAUUCCCARAAAGCACCUUCAACUAGCAGAACCAAUUUACAAUAUCACAAGCAUAAUAACAUUGGUAGUUUUACCAUUGGUCGUUAUUAUAUAUGCGUAUGUCAGGAUAUAUAUAAUAGUACGAAGGCAGCAUCAUAGCGUCUCUAAACAAGAAGCACAGGUCGAUGAAAACGCCUCCAAACGAAAAAAGCGCCUUAAAAAGGAAAUACGCGCUAUUUUUAUCUAUGUUGGAAUGGUGCUAACAUACAUUUUAGGAUGGUUUUACUAUUUCACUCGGGGUUUUCUGGAAGACCUUCAAGUACUGCAGGGUACACAAAUCGCAACUGUCAUCCCAAAUUGGCUAAAUACCGUACUUAUGUUCGCUCGCUUUGCCACUUCUUUUGUGAACCCUGUCCUUUAUACAUUUUUCAAAAUGGAUUUCAUCAAAGCAGUUCGCUCGUUCAAACGAGGAAUUAAGUUUAAUCCUAAAAGCUGGAAAUACCACGCCCAAGGAGCAUCCGAUGCCUUGGGACUGAAAAUUUUAAGAGAUGGUCGACCAUUGGAGUCUAAUGGAAAUGCUUUCGGGUCACGGGUAGAAACAUCAUUUACCAUGAUAACACCGAAGAGAAACAGUAGCCGCUCACUUGAUUUACUAGAGUCCCUUUACAAAGACUAGUGAUCAUAUACACACGACUUUCAAAAAUGGCGCCAGUUCACGUCCGCUUAUAUUGGGGACUAGUGACGAAUCAUGGAAACGAGACCUCAAAGGCCUUCCAUCAAGAAAUCACUACGGAGAUCGUAUGUAGGCAGUGUCGAAAAGUUUGAAAGAUGCAUUGGUAUGUAAUUUAUAACAAAACACUCUUGCAAGGCACCAUGGAAGCUCACUAUACGGAGGCUGGCCUUUGAGACCUCGUUUUAGUGCUUCGUCCCCAGUGCCCUGCUCGACGACCGUGACCCAUCGCGCCAUUUUUGAAAGUCGUGAAUAGACUGGGAGAUUAGCAUCAUCAUUUUACAAGUAAARUCACAAUAGGAGCACUUCGAAAGCAAUCCUCUGUAAAAUAAAUGCAGACUUCUUUUCCCUUCAGCAAGUUUAAACACACAUUCCUAUGUUCAUCCUUGGCGAUGUCGUUGCAAUUCAUCUCCAAAUAGAGACUAAAUAGCACUGCAAGAGGGGAAAGGAGGUUGUAGUAACGCAAUCAUUGACGGUGACUCCACACAAUUUUGCAAAAGAUUCUUGGUGAAUACCUUGAUCAUAUCGGCUUUCGAAAGUCCCGUGCACAAUUCUCAAUGGAGUUGGAUCACGCAACAUAUACGGUAACACAAUUGCCUCAGCURAAAUCCAAUGGAUCGUAAAAAAAACAUGCUGGAAAAAUAUUUUUUGCUAAAUGUCAUGAUACUAAGCAUUGUGUCCUACCAGUAAUUUGCAUCCUCUUAAACUGACUAGGCACCCCAGCACUAAAAAAACCGAUUUAAUUAAUUACGUCGUAACCAACGGAAGACCAUAUUUUUACAGAGUAGAAAAAUAACGAAACUGCAGCUUUUAGAAAGCACGCCAUAUUCCUAUUUCAAAAAAGAUUGUCGGAUAAAAUGGCGAAUGCCAAUUGUCGAACGGUUAUUGCAUGACCGAAAGCAAAGGGUUUUACUAAUUGGCGAAAAAAUAACAACUGAUUUAUACUGUAAGAUAGUCUUUGAUGAACAUUGUUUUCAUUUAGUCUCCAUUUCUAUGCGAGUCGAAUCCAAUAAGUGAUAUUUUGUUUGUCAAAACAGUGUAGCCGUAGUCCUUUUCGGUCGUGCAUUCUCCCUUCGAUAAGGCGUUCUCCCAGACAACGGUUUUUGAAAUAGGUCGUAUAUCCAUUAGAUGAAAACAAAGUUUGCACUACAAAAGAUAAAUAUUUCACACUUUUAGUGAAGUCAAAAAACCCGUGAAUUACAUAUAUUAACACGCAUUUUAUAUGUCAUUAUCCUAUCGCAAGGUAAUAUACACCCGAAUAUAUCAUAAGCUAUUCAAAAUCUCAUCCCUGUAAAUAAGCAUUCUUACAAAAAGGGAGGAGGGAGGGGUGCUUUUCCCCUUCCUUUAACCUUUGCCGAUGUAUUUAGGAUCUCAAGUUCUCUAUAAAACAUAUUAAAUCUAUUCAAAAGCAUCGACUUCUGGUUGCAAACAUGAAAAUAAUAGCUUGUGUCACUUACUGUUUAGUAUAAGGUUUCAGUGACUUGAUAACACAGAAUCCUACACGGCAGUACAAUGGAAAUAGCAGCGGGUUUCCUCGAUUUUGUAUGGACAAUGUUCCACUGGUUUUAAACAGGCUUCCCAAUCCUGUUUAAGGUUAGGCAGAGACACAGACAGUAAUCCUUUGUCAAAAGACAACUGACUAGUAGGAAAAGCACCACAUGAGGUCCACAUGUGUUAUUCAAAAGGUAGUAUUGGCUAAAAAUCAUGUUAGAGUUUAAAAGUAAGGAAGAUUUAAAAUGCAUGCCUCUAAAAGUUUCAGCAUUUAUGUAUUCAACAAACCCGCAGAUAAAGUGGGACCUCGUGCUGUGUGGGUUCCUGACUCUGCCCCAAGUAUAUGGAUGUACAAAAGGUUUAUAGAUAAUCACGUUAGUUUAAUAAACGUUUCUUUCAAAAUUGCGUGAKUGUUUUUUACAACAAAUUAUGACUUUUGUCUAGAAUUGUAUCGCAUUUUUAAUCUUUCCAUAAGCAGAAGGUCUGGAACUAUAGGUUAUACCUCCUUCUCCUUAUCUGAUUUACUCGGACGUGCCUUUCCUCAGAGAGUACCCUGGAUUUUUAACCCCACUUCCUGAUAAUUAUUGAAUACCCUUAACUUUUAUCUAAAGUCCUAUUAACUGGAAUGGUUGACAUUUGUAAGAAGAAAAA